CUUGGCCGAUCAAACGAUUAUUUAAUGAAAAUUAAAAAAUCAGGAUUAGAAUAAAUAGUAUUAGGUAAAAAAAUUUCUCAAAUAUUUAUUUAAAUUUAAUAAAAAAUUUGUGUAUACUUUGAAUAUUCUCAAAGAAUUAAAAAAUGUUUUUGUUUUGUUUUGUUUUUUUUAAUUUUAAAAUAGUAUCCUCUCAUCUAGGUGUGUUUUGCAAAUCAUUUGUAGCUUGAGAGAGCUUUCAGUUGAGCCUCUUACUGUAAUGGGUAUUCAUUUUUCCAGCUCAUAGAGGUCUCACUGAGCGAGGGAUUCGAUUUCCUCUUCUGCUUCUCUGGUAACAUCAACUCUUUACUGUUUCCAAGUUGCACAUUCUUUCUUUUUAUCAUCUUCUCAGUGUUUCUCAUCAAAUUUCCUGGGAAAAUUCUCCUUUUUUUACCUUGUUUUUCUUCUGAACCAAACACCAUAAUAGAUACAUAUUUUGGGUGUUUGCUAUCAAAUUUCCUGGAAAAAAAUUCUCCUUUUUGGACCUCGGUUUUCCCCUUAACCAAACACUACAAUAGAUUCAGAUUUACAUCUGAUAUCUCUUUUUCUUGGUGGGUUAGGAAAAAGAUUUUGCGUAAAAAAUUAUUUUACUGGUGGGUAUACUCAAUUCAUUGUUUAGUUCUAGCUUAUACAAAUUUUGGGAUUUCAUGGGUUCAGAUGUACUUCUGGAAAAAAAAAUUACUCAAUUGUCUUUGGUGUUUGAUUGUUCUUUACUGAAAUUCUGAACCAGUUCCGUAUAUUUUGGAUUAGUUGAGACAAGUUGGAUUGUAUGCAUAAGGAAAGUCUAUUGAUUUAACCAUUACAACAGGUGAAUGUGGGUUUUGAUAUUUCUUUAAAUCAAAAAGUUGAUUAUGCUAAAAAUUCUUCUGACAUCAGUGUAAACUAAUUUAAUGGUGGGAACAUAUGGGAAUAUUUAUACCGGUGGAUGCUAAUGCUAUGCAUUUGUAAUUUUAUAUUUAAAUUUUUGAAUGAUUUGGUGAUUGAGGGGCGGUUUGAUAAAUGAGGAAAACGUUUAUAGUUUUCAACAGCUUGAUGAAUGAAAAAAAUGGUCCGGCAGUUGUUGGAGGUGACAAUUACUGGAUAUAAUGGGUAUUAUUGGAAAAUUAAAAAAGUGUGAUGGCGUUCACAUCAAUUGAGGUGUAUGUCUUAUGUAAUAGAAUAAAUAUACUCACGGCCAGUGCACAUCCUAUGCGUUUACAAUUGUCAGCUACAAAGUGAGAAUUCUAUGGUGCAAAUACGAAAAACAGAAGCAAUUACCAGAUGAGAUGGGUGAUCCAUUGAUUUUUCGUAUUUAUUCGUUGCAGUUUGUGGAGAUUUUAGUAUUUGAAUGGCAAAAAAAUACUUCUUUUGUUCAACACAUCAAAAAAAAAUAUAUAUAUAUACUUCUUUUGUGACAUUUUUGGAAUACAAAAGUGAGGUGUUCACAUUAUAAUAUAUAAUGUAUACACUUGGUUAUUUUAUUUGGGUACUGGAUUUCUGAAAAGCUAAUGAUGCGAAAAUAAGAAAGCUUCGAUGUAGAUGAUAUGGACUAGAAUGUAUGGAUGCUUCCCAUUAGACUUGCUCCAAAAUUUGUUUUUGUUUUGUGUCUGUUAAAGUUUGUUUUGUGUCUGUUAAAGUGGGUCUGAGGCAUGAGCUGAGGUUUGUUUUAUGUCUUGUAAUUUUUCAUCUGUAAUUCUUCUUCUUCUUCUUCUUUUUAAAUUAUUAGAAGAGAGAUAAUAAGACUUGAACCCAGGCAUCACACUUUGGUAAGAAAAUGCUUCAAUGGCCAAGGCCACCCCUAGGUCUUCAUUGUUCAAUUUUCUCUAUAGAUGUAUCUUUUCGUUUAGUUUCACAUGACAUCUUUUCUCUAUACAAUAUGGCAUUUUCUAUAAGUAGAUUUAAGUAUUGUUUCUGAUAGAUAAACUCUUCGUAUUUUUUAUAACACCUUUUUUCAGGGGAUGGUAUGACACUUCGCAGCCAGUUAUUUGAUCUCCCAGCCACCGGAGUGUACCUAAGACGGUUAAUUGAUCAUUCUAACUUUCAAUAUGGAAGUUGGAGUUCUAUUUCAAAGGUUGUAUCACAUACAAAUCCAGAGACUGCUCUUGAUCAUAGGAAUGAUAGUUUAUGUUGUAGUUCUAUUUCAAUUGUUAUCGUUCCCUUACAAAAAUUAUAUGUCAGCGCCAUCACAUACAACUAAGGGAUCAGUUUUUGUGACGGUUGGUUCAAAAUUGACUAGUAUCGGUAUAGUUCAUAGGGUGGUUAAUAAUUCUACGUCUUCUGAUUCCGAUGUCAAGGCUGGCAGUGAAACUGAAAUGGAAUCAGAUGUUGACGGAGAGAUGGAUAGUUCUUUUGAAAUGGAUGAGGAUGGAAAAUCAUGCAAUGAUAUCGCAUUUGAGAGCAAUUUGGACCUUGAUAAGAGUUUGAGAAUGGGAAAUUUCACACAAGCAGAUAAUAGCUCUACUCCAGAAAUGGUUAUAGAAUUUCAACUUGGUCCUAUGGGACACGUUAAAGAAUCAGAUAAAAAUGCUACACUGGACAAAACUCGAAAGACAAACGCCUUUUCUUUACCAGGGAAAGUUCGCAAUCAAUAUGGUUUUGAGUCCCUCAGAGUCACGUCGCCAAGAAACUCUUCAAAUGAGAUAGGAAACUUCGAUGCAGAUUCAAGAACUCCACUGUUUAUGGAAGCCCAGUCCAAUGGUACGAAUAAUGAGCUGUUGCAAACUGUUUCGGCUUCUUGGAGCAAUAAUUCUUUGGUGUCUGGGAAUUUCAUUAUGAACCGGAGGCAUGUUAAGCCAACAUCGAUAUACCAAAUGACUUUAUUAUUGCUUCAGAGUUCUGAUUCUUCUAAAUCAGAGAGGCCAAAGUGGUCUUCCCCACGUGAUCGGGAACUUCAAUAUGCAAGAUUACAAAUUGAGAAUGCUCCUACUAUAAAGAACAGCCCAGAACUCCAUCCUUCACUUUUUCGAAAUUUUUCCAUGUUUGUUAGGAGCUAUGAGUUGAUGGAACGAAUGCUCAAAGUUUAUAUCUACAAGGAAGGAGAAAAGCCUAUGUUCCAUCAGCCAUAUUUGAGAGGAAUUUAUGCUUCUGAAGGAUGGUUCAUGAAACUGAUAGAGGGAAAUAAACAAUUUGCUGCGAGGGACCCCCGAAAAGCUCACUUGUUUUAUUUACCUUUUAGUUCACAAAAGCUAAGGAGUACUCUUCAUCAAGAUAUACUUGCCAAUCGUCAGGACAUGGAGAAAUAUCUAAAGAAUUACACAGACAUUAUCGCCAAAAAGUAUCGUUUUUGGAACCGAGCUAGAGGAGCAGAUCAUUUUCUUGUUGCUUGUCAUGAUUGGGCAACUCGGAUCACAAGGAAUAAUAUGGGGAGUUCCAUCCGAGCUCUUUGCAAUGCCAAUGUUGCACGAGGCUUCAGAGUAGGUAAGGACGUAUCUUUGCCAGUGACAUAUAUCCGCACUUCACAGGAUCCACAUAAAGAUCUUGGAGGAAACCCCCCUUCAGAGAGACCUAUAUUGGCGUUCUUUGCAGGAAGCAUGCAUGGUUAUCUGCGUCCCAUUUUGCUACAGUAUUGGGAGAACAAAGAACUGGACAUGAAGAUUGUUGGCCCUAUGCCCCGCGACAUUGAAGGCAAAUUGAAGUACAGAGAGUACAUGAAAAGCAGCAAGUAUUGCAUUUGUGCAAGGGGUUAUGAAGUCCACACACCCCGGGUCGUUGAAUCCAUUUACUACGAGUGUGUGCCGGUGAUCAUAUCAGAUAAUUAUGUCCCUCCAUUCUUUGAGGUACUCGAUUGGGAAGCGUUUUCUGUUUUUGUUUUAGAGAGAGAUAUCCCAAACUUGAGGAAUAUACUUCUCUCGAUUCCAGAAGAGCAGUACCUUGCAAUGCAGCAGAGAGUGAAGAUGGUGCAACGGCAUUUUCUUUGGCACAAAAAGGCGGUGAAGUAUGAUUUGUUUCAUAUGACCCUUCACUCAGUGUGGUACAACCGAGUUUUUCAGGUAAAACUUUAGAUGAUGGUGUGAGAGUAUGGCAAAAUAGGAUUCAUGUAGCCGACUCCACUUGAUUGGGACAAAAGGCCUAGUUUGGUUUGUUAGAGAAAUGUGGAUUUUUGAAUUCUGAUAAAUCAAGAAAAUCAAUGCACAUCACAAAACCAUAGGAAAAUCUGUCAUUUGUGAUUGUCAUUGGAGGAAUUGAUGAUUUUGGGAGAGCCAAGCACCGCGGCCAAAACUGAUCGUUGGUCUGCAUCUUUCAAUGUACAUAGCAUAUUGAUUCAGUGAUUGGUUCCAAUCAAUCGGUGGUGCUUAUUCUCUAGAGCCUUUGCAAUAUUGCCUCAAAAUCUCAGGUACAAGAUGACCCAACAUUUUGAGCUUGUCUUCUGCUGCUCUUUUGAUGAUGAGGGUUGUGACACAAAAUUCUAAUCGAGUCUUGAGAUUACCAAGUUUUCAUUCAAGAUUUGGAACGGGUUGUGCGUUGAAGUUCUAAUCUGUCUUAGCAUGCCAAUUUUCAAACAAUUUGAUCUUUUGUGAAGGAAGGAAAAUGGUAUAAAUGAGUCUUCUGUUUUUGGGCAAGAUUUUGCUGUUGCAAAAACUUCAGUUGCCUUGGACAUUCUAAUUCAUCUAAUGACACAAGCUGAAUUAUACAAACUUCCCAUUGAAAUGUAUAACUAAUAUUUUUCUCCAAA